AUGAAUACAUUUUCUAAUCCGGCGGAAGAAUUAUGCUUAACGGAUCUAUUAGAAUACAUAGAGGAUCAUUUAUUAAAUAAUACGGAUGAAUUAUUAAAUCAUUUCGCAUUGAUUUAUAAAUUUGCAACCCAAGAUGAACAUUAUAAGGACUUUACAAAGUUACAAGAAUUUUGUUUAAAUGCGAUGGAAAGGGAACCUUCUAUCGUUUUUGAUUCUACGGAUUUCAUUAAUAUAGAUCAGGACUCUUUAAUCUCGCUACUUCAAAUGAGAUAUUUGAUUAGAAGAGAAAUUGAAUUAUGGGAUAAAAUCGUAGAGUGGUCAAUCGCCCAAGUUCCUUACCUUUCAUUAAUAAUUGAAAAUUGGUCCCCUGAAGAUUUUUCAAUAUUUGGUAAUAUCAUUUCACCUUUUAUUCCGUAUAUUAAUUUUUCUUUAAUACGACCAAAUGAAUUCGCUUCAAAGGUUAGAAUUUUUAGAAGAUCUUUUGGAGAUGAAUGCUACGCAAAAUUAUUGGAAUUACAUUUGUCUCAAUUGGACAUUGUAACUGCAACGCUCUUUCAAUCAUCGCAGGAUAUUAAUUCAACCUUGAUUACACCCAAACAUGCGGCAUUGAUUUGUAGUUGGUUAACUAAUGAUGAAGAUAAGGUUAAGGAAACAAAAAAGGCAAUCUUUCAAUAUGAGGAUUACGGUCCUUGUUUUGCUUCUGAUCUAGCUUUGGUGGGAAAUUAUAAAGGACAUUGGGAGGGUCAUUGUUUAAAGAAAAAUUACGAGAAUAGAAUUUCUCCUGGCAAUUACGUUUUUUACGCUAGCGAUUACGAAGUUUUUCAAAUUGUCAGAAAAUUUCUUUAG